AUGUCCGGCGGGAAUAUUGAUGACCUAUUUAACGUAUUUGAGGAAAAUGACAUAGUAGAUAAUAUUUCCACAAAAGAUGAAACUGGUGAAAAGGGGGGGGAUGAUGGAGUCCCUGUGGACAACCAUGCACAGGGUGAAGUGAACGAAGAGACACACGGUAAGAUGCGUACACAGAAGGGCACAGUUGGAGGAGAAAUGCACUCUGGUGGGGAAAACGACAAGGGUAUCUACCACGGCGAGGGUGAUGCAGGGACAGGUGUACAAGGCGGAAAUAAAGUAGAAGCCGAAUUGAAUGAGCAGCCGCGGGGCGCACCCUCUUCAGCCCCCCUGGGGACCCCACAAAUCAACGUGGAAAACCUCAUUUCGUGCACAAAGAGGGACCAAAAGGUGCAAAACAAAAUCAAGGAAGAAAUAUACAACGACGUACAAAUUAUGGACAGCACCACCAGAAAUGCAGGCACCAAAGUGAGGAAGUUGAAUCAACAACAAGAUGGAAGAAAGGGCGAAAAACACGCCGACGAAAACGGACCUGUAGAAGAAACACUAAUAGAAAAUAGCAAAACGAUAAACAAUGAUGAUGUACUUGUGUUGGAGGAGUUCCGCAGUGACGUCAAUUGUAUUCACAAGUGCAUCAGACCAAAGAGCUACGUCCACAACAAACUCAGUGAAACUCUCACACCAGCCAGAACGUACAAAUUUGAAUUAGACACCUUCCAAAAAAAGUCCAUUGAAUGUUUAGAGCGAAAUGAAAGCGUACUCGUAUCAGCACACACCUCAGCAGGAAAAACGGUCAUUGCAGAAUACGCCAUCGCUCUAGGGUUAAGGGAUAAACAAAGAGUUAUUUACACAAGCCCUAUAAAAGCAUUAAGUAAUCAAAAGUACAGAGACCUCAGUGAAGAAUUUAAAGACGUUGGAUUGAUCACAGGAGAUAUUUCCAUCAAUCCGGAUGCUUCCAUCAUCGUCAUGACGACAGAAAUUCUGAGAUCCAUGUUGUAUAGAGGCUCUUCCUUAACCAAAGAAGUAAAGUGGGUCAUUUUUGAUGAAAUUCAUUACAUGCGAGAUAGAGAUAGAGGAGUCAUAUGGGAAGAAACCAUCAUUUUACUACCACUCAUGGUGAGAUUUAUUUUCCUAAGUGCAACCAUUCCAAAUGGGAUUCAGUUUGCAGAAUGGGUAAGCAGUAUCAAAACCCAAGCAUGUCACAUUGUCUACACAGAUUAUCGACCUACUCCUCUCCAACAUUAUAUUUACCCAACUUCUAGUGAAAGCGUUUUUCUCAUAUGCGAUGAAAAUAAAGAUUUUAAAAAAAAUAAUUUUAUUAAAGCAGUAAAUGCUAUAAAGGAAAAAAAUAACAUGUCUGAAGAUAAUCAACACCAGAAUGGUAUUAAUAAGCAUAACAAAAGGGGAAAGAAAAAUGCUCAUGAUAUUGAAAAAAUUGUACAAAUGUGUCACUCUCGUAAUUAUACCCCUCUUAUCAUUUUUGCAUUUUCAAAAAAGGAAUGCGAAAUAAAUGCUACUACCAUGCAUAAAGUAGAUCUAACCGACGACACAGAAAAGGAAGUCAUAAAAGAGUUAUACGAAAACGCCAUUCAAAUUUUAGCUGAUGAUGAUAGGGCUUUACCGCAGGUACAAUUUAUUCUUCCCCUCCUUUUAAGAGGUAUAGGAAUACAUCAUGGUGGCCUACUACCCAUCAUUAAAGAAAUAAUUGAAAUUAUGUUUCAAGAAUCUUUGCUCAAAGUUUUAUUCAGUACAGAAACUUUCUCCAUGGGAAUUAACAUGCCAGCCAAAACAGUCGUUUUUACAUCCUUGAAAAAAUUUGAUGGAGUAGAAAAACGGUUAAUAACAUCGGGUGAAUAUAUUCAAAUGGCUGGCAGAGCUGGAAGACGUGGGUUAGACGAUAGAGGUAUCGUUAUCAUUAUGUUAGAUAGCCCACUACACUGGAGAGAGGCGGAAAAAUUAUUCGUUGGGGAAGCCAACAGAUUAGUUAGUCAGUUCCACUUGGGCUAUAAUAUGAUUUUAAAUCUACUCAGAAUAGAAGGAAUUACUCCUGAGUUUAUGAUCGAGAGAUCCUUCAUUCAAUACCAAAUGAAGAAAAACCUCUUCCAAAAAAUUCUGGCCAAAAAAAAAGUGGAACAAAAAAUUAAAGAAAUUUUUAAUCAGCUAACUAAUGUCUACCUGGAUAAGCAUGACCAGGAGAUCACCAAAGAAAAUCUCUUGAAGAAAAUUAUGAAUCAUAAUUAUGAGUCCAUCUCUGGGGCGGGAGGAAAGGAGAUGAGUGUGACUCAAUUGGGGGACACCCCACAUGGCGACCAAAAUGGAAACGCGACAAAUGUACCCACAGGAGUGGAAGCGGAAAUGGGUAUGGACGAGAUGAAUGGCACCUACGGAGAACACUGCGUCCAGGUCGGGUGCAGCGACACGAUCGCCACGCUCAACGAGGAAAACUCCAUCAUCAAUGAUCAGCUCAAAAAGUACAAUACGGUUUUCUCCUGCAUUUCCAAUUACUACAUAUUAAGAAACAAACUGAUCGAGUUUGGCGAAACGUACAGGUCUAUACUGACUGCCAGGAAAAAUAUCACCCCCUACUUGGCCAUGGGCAGACUGCUCUACCUCGUGGAAGACGACUUAAGGUGGGGUUGGGCCAUAUGCAUUGAGGGAAAGGUUGUGGAGCGAGCGAACGGGGGCCGCACCGCUGGUCGAAACAACACCUUCAGAAGCACAAGCGCGGCAAACCCCACUAACGCCGCUAACCCCGCUAAUGCGGGCAAUGCGGCUGAUGGCGAAGUGCUGCUCGUGGACUGCCUAGUACCCUACAGCCAAAACAGAAAAAGGAAACUCGCCCACAUUGACAACGAAGAGGAAGAGGAAGAGGACGAAGAAGAAAACGCGCAAAAGGAAUUCGCACCAGCCAGCGACAGAAUCAAAGCCAAAUGGAAGCUCAUCACCUUUAACAUCAAGUGCAUCUACCAAAUCUCAGCGGUCGUCUUAAACCUAGACAAACCAUUUGAUAAAAAAAAUGAAGAGCAAAUUAUGAGCGCCAAAAUGAAGUAUAACACUAUGGUGACCUGCCUCAAAGGAGAAAAAAACAUACCAGUCAUUAACCCACACCAGAUGGAAAUCAAAGAUGAAGCAUUUCUUAAAGUUGUAAAAAAUAUUAACUACCACGAACAUAUGUUAAGUAAAAAUAAAUUACUCAACAGUCCAAAUUUGCACAAGUAUUAUCAACUGUAUAAUAUGUAUGUCGCUUUACAAUUUGAGAAAAACCUUUUAGAGGCAAGCAUAGAAAAAUGCCGAUUCAUAGUCUUAAAGAAGGAACUCAAAAAUAUGCUUGUCCUCCUUCAGGGUUUGAAUUAUAUUGAAAUUGCGCACCACUUGGAAACGGAGGGCGCGCAGCAGGAGGCAAGCGGUCAGGAAGUCAACCUGGAGAAUGUCGAAUUGGAAGAAGUUAAAGCAGAACAUGAGCAGACCCACCAAAACGGACGCAGCAAAGGACAGGGAGAAAGAAGAGACUUCCCCAUCAGUGAAGAAAAAAGCUAUGUCGUCACCAUGAAAGGACAAAUCGCCAGUGCCAUCCUAAGUGUGGACGAAUUAGUUAUCUCGGAGUUAUUCUUCUCCAAUUUUUUUAGUAAGUACAGCUACGACUACAUAUGUGCCUUUCUCUCCUGCUUUGUGUAUGAUGAAUCCUCAAACAAAGAAAUCGCCAUCAACGACCCAGUGCUUGUGGAGGGGUACGAACAGAUUAUCAAAACCGCUACUCAUGUUUCGAAUAAAAUGAACGAAUGUGGAAUGAAUAUGAAUUUGAAAGACUACCUGGACAAGUUCAAGUCCGCCAUCAUGCCCAUCGUCUUGCAGUGGGUGCGCGGAUACUCCUUCAUGGAAAUUCUUACCGACUCCCAGAUAUAUGAGGGGUCCAUCAUUCGCACGCUCAGGCGCCUGGACGAACUGCUCAGACAAAUGAUCUGCGCGUUUAGAGGAAUCAACAACGACAGUAUGUGUGAGAUUUUGACAGAGGCGACCAAAAAGCUACGACGCGGCAUCCCCUUCUCCCCUUCUUUGUACUUAUAA